AGUUUACCGUGUAUUACACUCUCAUAUUAUUCAAUCUUUAAACCUUAAUCAUUCAUUCAUUGCUCACUUUGUCUUCCUUGACUCAGUCUACUUCACCAUCUUCCCAUCACAAUUUCUGUUCUCAUUCCACUCUGUCUCUCUCUCUCUCUCUAAAACCUACCCUCAAUUCUGUUAUAGCAUCCAAUGCCUUCUUCACAAAUUGUAGCCAUCCUUGCGGCCAUAGCCAGCUUCUUUGUCAUCACCCUCAUCUUCUCCCUCAUCUACAUCAUAUGCCGGAUUACCCGAAAAAACCGCCGUGUCGCAGAAUCUCGGCCCCGGACAAGAGCCGUCCGAGGUCGCAAUCGCGAUACAUCAACCUCGGUCAUCAGCGUCUCCGAGAGCCAGCUGUUUGAUCCGUCGUUGAACAAGAUCGAGAUGGUUGACCUGGUCAAAGCUACCCGAAACUUCUCACCGGAUUUAAUCGUUGGCGAUGGAAGUUUCGGGUAUGUUUACAAGGCCCGCCUCGCGACGGGUGUCACUGUCGCGGCUAAGAAGCUCGGGCCUGACGCGUUUCAAGGGUACCGAGAGUUUAAGGCUGAGAUGGAAACUUUGGGCAAUAUUCAACAACACGAUAAUAUUGUUAAGUUUUUCGGGUAUUGUGCAACGGGUUCGGAUCGGAUUCUGAUUUAUGAGUUUAUCGAAAAAGGAAGCCUUGACCAAUGGCUGUACGACACGUCAUCAAUAGGCGCUGCGGCGUCAGCAAGGUUACCGUUAUCUUGGAGGACUAGAGUCAAUAUAAUGAAAGGAGUAGCAAAGGGGCUAGAAUUUAUGCAUAAUUUGGACAAACCUAUAAUUCAUAGGGACAUUAAAGCAAGUAAUGUUUUAUUGGAUGCGGAUUUUGAAGCUCAUAUUGCGGAUUUUGGGUUAGCACGGACGAUUCAGGAAUCACAUUCACAUGUCUCGACACAAGUAGCAGGGACGAUGGGGUACAUGCCACCAGAAUAUAUUCACGGGGCCACUACAGCCACUGUUGCGGGAGACGUGUAUAGUUUUGGGAUAUUGAUGUUUGAGGUUGCCACUGCUAGGCGUCCCAACUUGCGAAUCAAAGGCGAGGAUGGAAGAGAUGUUCGGCUCGUUGAAUGGGUAAUGAAUAUGGUGUCACAAAAUCAGCAAAUGAAAUUGUUGGAUGCUCGUAUAUUGAAAGAUGAAUUAAACAAGGAAGAGGUACAUGAGUACCUUAGUAUUGCUACAUUUUGCAUUAGUGAAAUACCUAAAUUACGACCAACUAUGAAAGAAGUUGUCAAUUUAUUCGAUCAAAUUUAAGAAGAAACUAGACAUUAGUGAUUCCAUUUGAUCCUGUUCUUAAUUUAUGUAUUUAUUUAUAGGGGGUUGUUUCAUCUUGAAAGGGAUGCAUGUAAGUAGCAUGUUGUUGUAAACAAAGUUUCAAGAAAAAAAGCCCCAACUCAAAUAUAUUAGUGACACGAUCUUUAAUAUUU